GAAUAAGUCCCUUGAACUUAGUUCAUUCCAGAAACUUAAUACAUCGGGCUUGCUUGGUUUUUACAAGCUUUGAGAAAAACUAAUUAAUUUACAAAUAUUUUUAUAUAAAUCCUAAAGGGGACAGCAACAAUGAGCGGUGGAAAACAUUUGGCCAAAGGUUCUGCCAAGCCUGAAGUACCCGAUGACGGUAAAUUAUGUUUGUUCUCGAUGCGCUUCUGUCCCUAUGCCCAUCGAGUUCACUUGGUGCUGGAUGCCAAAAAGAUACCCUACCACAGUGUUUUCAUUAAUCUGAACGAGAAACCAGAAUGGCUGACUGAAUACAGCCCCUUGGGAAAGGUGCCAGCUCUGCAAUUACCCAAAGAGGAGGGCUGUCCACCGCUAAUAGAAUCCCUGGUCAUUGCCGAGUAUUUAGAUGAAAAAUAUCCCGAACCUAAGCUUUAUCCCACCGAUCCAUUGAAAAAGGCCCAAGAUAAGAUUUUAAUUGAACGCUUUAAUGCCGUCAUCGGACCAAUGUAUAAAAUAUUCGUAAACAAUGAAGUUUCACCCGGCACUAUUACUGAUGUCAGUAAUGGUUUGGAUAUUUUCGAAAAGGAAUUGCGGUCGCGUGGCACUGAAUUCUUUGGUGGCGAUAAGCCCGGCAUGUUGGACUAUAUGAUUUGGCCAUGGUGCGAACGUUCGGCCAUGUUGAAAUAUCUUUUGAGCGAUAAAUAUGAAAUGGAUAAGGAACGUUUUGAGAAGUUGCUUAAAUGGCGUGAUCUGAUGGAAAAGGACGAGGCCGUGAAAUGUUUCUAUUUGGAUGGCGAGACACAUGCCAAGUUCAUGAAGACCCGUCGUGAUGGUGAACCCAACUAUGAUAUGCUUGUUGUAAAUCCUUGUAAACGUCAACGCACUUGCUAAGCAGCUUAUACCUUUCCUGACUCCAUUAGCCUCCCCACCUCCUUAAUUUUUUACUUUAUACGUUCAAGUGUAACGUAUAUUUGCUGUUCUGUACAUACAUAUAAUUGGCAAGCAAAAAAUCGCUGUUUUUUUUCUUACAUACAUUAUUUUUUUAUAUAUUUUUUAGAUAAGACAUUUUUUACACAUAUCAUUUUGUUUUGGACAAAAACCCGAAAGUAAAUUGAAAUAAAAAGAAAAAAUACA